UGACGCAGCAACGAUUCACAAGAGGGAAUUUUCAAAUCGAGAAGAGGCGUCUCUGUGGAGCAGUUGAGAGUGCACCGGUAACAUAAACAAUGCAGAAAACAAGCAAAGGGAGGACUCCCCGGAGGCCCGGCCAAAAGAAGCCAUCAAACACAGAAAGAGACCCUGUUGGAGUUUAUUGUCGGAUUCGUCCACUCAUUUCAGAAGAUGAGGAAUGCUGUAUUGAGAUGAUCAGCAGCACGACUAUUCAGCUGCACGCCCCCGAUGGACUCAAAGCCAACCGCAAUGGAGAAUAUAAAGAGACACAAUACUCUUUUAAAAAAGUGUUUGGAGUUAAUACAACCCAAAUGGAGCUCUUUCAGGAUGUUGCUAAGCCGUUGGUAAACGACCUCAUUCACUGUAAAAAUGGUUUGUUGUUUACAUAUGGCGUCACUGGAAGUGGUAAAACCUUCACCAUGACGGGCUCUCCAGGAGAAGGCGGCCUUCUCCCGCGUUCUUUGGACAUGCUCUUCAACAGCAUCGGCCCUUUUCAGGCCAAAAGAUAUGUCUUCAAGCCAGAUGACAAAAAUGGAAUGGAAAUCCAGAGUCAAGUUGAUGCUCUCCUUGAGCGACAGAAGCGUGAUAGUCAGCAGUCGGUGCCCAAAACGCCAUCAUCCAGGCAAAAGGCUGACCCAGAGUUUGCAGAUAUGAUCAGUCCAGAUGAGGCAUGCAAAUCUGAGAGUGUGGACGAAGACUGCUGUUUCAGCGUAUUUGUGUCCUACAUCGAGAUCUACAACAACUACAUCUAUGAUCUUCUUGAAGAUGCUCCUUUUGAUCCAAUAAGACCAAAACCACCUCAGUCCAAGGUUCUCCGUGAAGAUCAGAACCAUAACAUGUAUGUUGCCGGCUGCACAGAAGUUGAAGUGAAAUCUACAGAAGAGGCUUUUGAAAUCUUUUGGAAAGGACAAAAGAAGAGACGGAUCGCAAACACUCAGCUUAACCGGGAAUCCAGCCGCUCUCACAGCGUGUUCACCGUCAAGUUGGUUCAAGCACCACUUGAUGCUGAUGGAGAUCAUAUACUGCAGGACAAAAACCAGGUGAACGUGAGUCAGCUGUGUCUGGUUGACCUGGCGGGCAGUGAACGCACCAGCAGAACCAGAGCAGAGGGGAGCCGUCUCCGUGAAGCAGGUAACAUUAAUCAGUCCCUAAUGACGCUGCGCACAUGUAUGGAGGUCCUGCGUGAGAACCAGAUGUGUGGAACUAACAAGAUGGUUCCAUACAGAGACUCUAAAGUCACACAUCUGUUUAAAAACUACUUUGAUGGGGAGGGAAAAGUCAGGAUGAUUGUGUGCGUCAACCCAAAUGCAGAUGACUAUGAAGAAUCUGCGCUGGUGAUGCGCUUUGCAGAAAUGACCCAAGAAGUGGAGGUGGCUCGGCCAGUAGAUCGAGCAAUCUAUAGCCUUCCAGCCGGGCGCAGACACAAAAACCAGGCGUUCAAAGAUGAGCUGUCCCGACGGCUGGCAGAGAGGGGAGGUCCAGUUAAUCCAGACGACCCAGGUUUGCUGAACCAGCUCAUAGAAAGCCUCCCAGCUCUGCCUCCGUGCGAGCUGGUGGAUCCCACCGAUGAUCAGAUGCUUCCCCGCCUGAUCGAAGUCUUGGAAAGACGGCAACAUAUCCGUCAAAUGAUGAAGGAGCAGUUCAAUCAAACCGCCAAUACACUGCAGUCCAUGCUGCAACAGUUUAACAGUCAGCUGGGUGCAAAGGAGACUUUCCUCCAUGACCAACAAAGCAAGCUAAACGAGAAAGACAAAGUCAUUCUCAACCAGAGGACAGAGAUCGAACGGCUGGAAAAGAAAUCUAAGACGCUGGAAUACAAGAUCGAUAUCCUUCAGAAAACGACAGGGAUGUACGAGCAGGAUAAACGCUCCCUUCAACAGGAGCUGGAGAGCCGGGAGCAGAGGCUGCAGAGGGAGCUGGCAGAGAGGAGGCGCAUGGAGCAGCGCAUGCAAGGCGUGGUCACUGACACCAAACUCAAGUGGGAGAAGGAGUGUGAGAGGCGAGUGAACGCCAAGCAGCUGGAGUUGCAGAAUAAGCUGUGGGUAAAGGAUGAAAAGCUGAAGCAGCUCAAAGCCAUUGUGACCGAGAGCAGCGGCGCUCCAGCAGAGCGGCAGGAAAAGCCUGAGAGACCCUCCAGAGAAAGAGAUCGCAACCACGCGCAGAAGCGGUCUGCUUCUCCGUCACCACUCCCUGAGUCGAGCCAAAAUCCUUCUCACAAAAAUCAAGCCAGAUGUAGAGUAGUUCAGGAGCCUUACCCUGCAUCCACCCCCUCCACCUCCUCCUCCUUUCCUUCAGUUGCCUCCUGUGUCUCUGACUGGGAGCAGAGGUAUCCCCUAGAUUCAGGCAGGCCUGAGACUCCCCAGUGCAGCAGCAGGACUCCUGCCCAAUGCUACAGCGCAAGCAGUGUGGGUCGCAGGAGAGGCCAACGCUGGGCCCCCGACACCCCUGCCACCCCUAUUGUCUAUGGAUUAGACAUAGAGGCAGGCACAAGGACGGUUCCUCCGGUUCAUCCAAUGCACAGGCGAUCUCACUCUGCAGGCGGGGAGAAAUGGGUAGACCACAAACCGUCUUCAAAUUUGGACCUAGACACUGUAAUGCAGCCAAUCAUUCCCAAUUCAAUCAAGGUGUCCACCCCGAACGAGAAAGCUCUGUCGAAAUGCCACAAGUAUGUGCUAAGACACCAAGAGCUUGCCUCUGACGGGGAGAUUGAAACCAAACUCAUCAAGGGCAACGUUUUUAAAACCAGAGGUGGAGGACAAGCAGUCCAGUUCACUGACAUCGAGACAUUAAAACAGGAGUGUCCAACGGCGCCCAGUCGCAAGAGACGCUCUGGAUCUGCUGAGGGACCUGCUCAAAUUGAGGACCUGGAAAACAAACCUCCUGCAAUCAGCACAAGUCUUGCGUAUCAAAAACGCAGGAAACCUUAGGAGCUCUGCGAUUGGAGGACUCCUGUUUUCAAACAGUCCGUCAAUCAGUGGUCAGAGCUGCAUCUAUUUACAGUUUUACUUGUAUGUUAUCGUAUUAGAAGUAAUUAUGGUGCAAUGAUAUAAUAAUCACUGCUUAUAGCUCUAGACUAUAGUGUAUUUUUUGCUCUUUCUUUCUGCUUUAUGAAUGCUGGAAUUAAAAAAAAAAAAAAAAAGAACUUGAUAAAUGUUCGUACAUGAAAACUCCAUGACAAACCUGCUCACUUUUUACCUUUAUUGUAUCACACACAGUGUAUAUGUUGUUUUUUUGUUGUUUUAUUUUUUACAUUUUUUUUUUAAUGACACGCCUUUCAGGGAUGAAUAAACUGUUUUUGUCUAUGAAUAGUUUCAUCAUAAAGCUUUGUUGUAGGCAAUAUAUAUUUGUGAUGAACAAAAACAUUUUUGAAUGUAAAUAUUGAACUGGCAGAGGCUCCAAAGACGUGUGGUAUACCAAUUUUUUAUUUUUCCUUUGGUGCCAUUAAAUUAUUUCAAUCGCCAA